GGAAAAGACACAUAAGCACCUGCUCCGGUUGCGCACAAAGUCGCCAUAUCUGCUUUGUAAUAAAAUAAUAAAUAAAUAUAAGGUAGAAAAUGUUGGGAAAUCCAUGAUGAAGAGUUGUUGUUGGGGUGGAUGCUCGCUCCGCCCCCCCCUACCCCUCUCUCGCUCUCUCUCUCUCUCUCUCUCUCUGCUGGUUUAGUGUAUAGAGAGUGUAUGGGGAGGGAGGAGAGAGAGAGAGAGAGAGAGAGAAGCGAGAGAGCGCAGUCGUUUGGAUUCACUCCACUUUCUCAUCACAAGCAGUGCAGACCUGCUCCGUGUUGGACCGGGAGGCGGACAGAGUUUGUAGCGGGAGAGUGGUGACCGGGCAUCGGGGUGGAAACUAACCGGACGACCGCUAACUGGCAACUCCCGGACCUUAACCGGACCUAGUGGGGUUUUUUUUUUUUUUUUUGCUUGGGUUGAUUUUUAACCGUUUUUUUUUUCUUUUCUUUUUUUUUUAUAUACAUUUUUUUCCUCUCUAGUGCCGGUGCUCCGUCCGCUUACACCACCACCUCCACCACUAACCACCACCACUACCUCUCCAUAAGCGUGCCAUCAUCAGCGGAGGAUGCUGCUGUCGGUACACGCCGCCCGGUGGUAACAUUCACCCCCUCCAAGAAGGAGUAGCAGUGAGUGAGUGAGUGACCCCCCCUCCCCAAAUCCUCCUCCUCCCAUCCACCGCCCUCCCUCUCUCUUCCCCCCCACCAACACCACCCCUGUCCGGACGGGUCUUCCCCCGGCUGGGCUCCAGCUCCAGCCCGUUUCCCCCGGAGAGAGAGAAAGAGAGAGCAGAGAGAGAGAGAGAGAAGAGGAAGGACCGCCGGCUUGACUGGUCACGACAGUAAAAGUGGACAUAAAAAAAAAUUGUGAGAGGAAUAAUUGCCCUACUGGAUUGUUUUGAUUGGUUUGAGGUGUUUUUUCCCCCAGCGUUGUGGAUUUUUAAUUUCGGGUUUUUUUUUCUGGAGGUGUGGAAAAGCUCCGUCUGGGUACCGAGGAGGAGCGGAGCCUAUAGCCGGGCUGGAGCGCUCAGAGCUGGGGAACCGCGCGGCUCACACCCGGUCCAGAGCGUCAGUUGGAGCCAUGGCGGCGUUGAGGCGGGAGGUUCUGCUGUUCCUGGCGGUCGUCCUGUUGGUCUCCUGCGGCGCCGCGCCAACCGACAUCCUGUAUCGGGUUCCUGAGGAGCAGCCGCCAAACACGCUGAUCGGAAGCUUGGCGGCGGACCAGGGCCUGCCCGACACCGGUCACCUCUACAAGCUGGAGGUGGGCUCGCCGUACCUGAGGGUGGACGGCAAGACCGGCGACAUCUACACCACCGAGAUCCCCAUCGACCGCGAGACGCUGAGAGACUGCCGCAACCUGUUCGAUGGCGAUAAGUGCUUCCUGGAGUUCGAGGUGUCUAUAACCGACAUGGUGAAAGGUCUCGGCUCGGGCCCGCGGCUCAUCGAGGGCCGCAUCGAGGUGAUGGACAUCAACGAUAACACGCCGCAGUUCUCCUCGCCCAUCCUCACCCUGUCCAUCCCGGAGAACACGCACAUCGGCGCCCUCUUCUCCAUCCCCAUGGCAACCGACAGGGACUCCGGCACCAACGGCGUGGCCGAGUACUCGCUGUCCACCUCGCCGGACGCCGACCAGCUCUUCAGCCUUCAAGUCGCCGUGGAUUCUGACGAGAAGCUGCCGCAGCUGGUCGUCAUGGGCAACCUGGAUCGCGAAAAGAAGGAUUCGUACGACCUGAACAUUCGCGUGGUGGACGGCGGGAGGCCUCCGAGGGCGAGCAGCGCUCUGCUGAGGGUCACCGUCACCGACCAGAACGACAACGCGCCCAAGUUUGAGAGGAGUCACUACGAGGCCGAACUGUCGGAGAACAGCCCGCUGGGACACUCUGUGCUGCAGGUCAGAGCCAAUGACGCAGACACCGGCACCAACGGAGAGAUCGACUACAUCCUCCAUCAGCCGACAGAGACCGUCCAGAGGCUACUGCGCAUUGACCGAUCCACCGGCAUCAUCUACGUCAAGGGUCUGGUGGACCGCGAGGAGGAGAGCUUCCUCAAGUUCUUUGUGGUCGCCAAAGAUCGUGGGCCCAACACCAAGAGCUCCAAGGUGCUGGUGACCAUCAACGUCAGGGACCAGAAUGACAACGCGCCAGCCAUCGAGAUCCGAGGGAUUGGCCUGGUGACGCAUCAGGAUGGAGUGGCUAACAUCUCUGAGGAUAUGCCGAUCGGUACACCGGUGGCGUUGGUCCAGGUGUCGGACCGUGACGAAGGGGAAAAUGCGGUGGUGACAUGCGUGGUUGCAGGUGACGUCCCGUUUCAGCUCCGAUCUGCGAGUGAGUCUGCCAACGAUCGGAAGAAGAAGUACUUCCUGCAGACGACUACCCUGCUGGAUUAUGAGCGUGUGAAGGAUUACAGGAUUGAAAUUGUCGCAGUGGAUUCUGGGAACCCGGCCCUGUCCAGCACCAACUCCCUCAAGGUUCAGGUCACCGAUAUGAACGACAACACGCCGAUCUUUUCACCCACAAUGCUGGAGGUGGAUUUCCCUGAGGGCAACCAGCCUGGUGACAGGGUGCUGGACGUUGUAGCAACAGACGCAGACAGUGGCACAAAUGCAGAGCUGGCCUAUAGCAUCAUCGAGCGCUCGGCCGCCAAGCUCUUUGAGAUUGACUCCAACUCCGGAGAGGUCCGUGUGAAAAAUCUGCUGGAUCGGGAAGACGUGGAGCGUUAUGAGUUCCGCGUGGCUGCAGCAGACAAAGGCGUUCCUAGCAAAACCGGCACUGCCACGGUGGUGAUUAAUGUCCUGGACCGCAAUGACAAUGAUCCCAAGUUUAUGCUGAGCGGCUACAGCUUCUCCGUCAUUGAGAAUAUGCCCCCACUCAAUCCUGUUGGCGUAGUGACGGUCACCGAUGCCGAUAAGGGUGAGAACGCCCGAGUGAGGCUGUUUGUAGAACCAGACAAUGGCAAGUUCGUCAUCCAAAACGGCACAGGAACCAUCCUGUCCAGCAUCUCCUUUGACCGGGAGAAAGAAAGCACCUACACCUUCCGCCUGAAGGCCGUCGACAGCGGUGAUCCACCUCGUUCUUCCUACGUGGGUGUGACCAUCAAUGUCCUGGACGAGAAUGACAACGCCCCCUAUGUCACCAAACCAGCUAACUCCUCCUACACAUACCUGUCACCUGUCACCGCUCCAGACACUCGCGUGGAGGUGGUAGAGGCGGAGGACAUUGACUAUGGACCCAAUGCUGAGCUGGACUACACCAUCACUGGCGGCAACCCGUAUGGCCUGUUCCACAUCUCGCCCACCAGUGGGGAGAUCACACUGGCGCAAGAAUUCACUGGCAAGCACAGCGGGCUGCACCGCCUGGUGGUGAGAGUCAGCGAUAAAGGCAAACCUCCCCGCCACACCACCGCCCUGGUCCAUGUUUUCGUCAACGACACCAAGGCCAACGUGUCCCUCAUCGAGGCGCUGGUCGGACACAGCCUCUACACCCCUCUGGACAGGGACAUCGCCGGAGAUCCCAGCAAUGCCCUCGCUCAGCGCAGCAAUAUCCUGUACGGCAGUUUGGCAGGUAUCGCAGGAGUUAUUCUGGUCAUCGUAGCCGUAGUGGUCAUCAGACACCGGCUACAGAAAGACACCAAGAGCGGAUACCAGGCUGGCAAAAAGGAGAGCAAGGACCUAUAUGCUCCAAAGCAAGGCCCUAAAAAUGGUAAAGGGAAAAAGAGCAAGAAGGGAAAAGCUCCCAAACCUGCGAAACCACUAGAGGAGGAUGAGGAGGCGACCCUGCAAAAAGGCCUCAAGUUUAACCUUAUCAAUGAUACCGUUAACGACAGUCCCAGAAUCCACCUGCCACUUAACUACCCCCCAGGAAGUCCCGACCUGGGCCGUCACUACCGCUCUAAUUCCCCAUUGCCCUCCAUCCAACUGCAGCCACAGUCGCCCUCCGCCUCCAAGAAGCACCAGGCCGUUCAGGACCUCCCCGCUACCAACACCUUCGUGGGAACGGGCGACAACAACUCAACGGGCUCCGACCAAUAUUCGGAUUACAGCUACAAGGCCAACCCGCCCAAAUACAGCAACAAACAGGUAGGACCGUAUGUAAACACGGCAGUGUACCACAGGGACAUCUAUUGGACCAACAAGGUGUGGUAGUCACGCUGGGACUUAUUUGGCACAGCCGAUAUUCUUCCACCAAAGCUGCACUGAUCCCCCCUGCACAGCACCCACUUCCAAAUGGCUGAUAUCCCCUAUUUUUUUGUUUUUGGUUUGGUUUUGGUUCUGUUCACCAUUUCUGUUUCGUUCCGUUUUUGUUCCGUUUUCACGUCACCAUGGACACCACAGUAAUCACACCAUGAAGGAUUUACAUGAGGGAUAGACCAUAUAUGGGCUUACCGAAAUUUAUCAGCUGAUAUUUUAAAUGAAUGAAUGAAUGAACUCUCUUUGAUUGAGAACAUGUUUUAUUUUAUGUUUUGUGUGUUGAUGCAUUUGUUCGUUUUGUUUUCCCCCCCCAAACUUUUUUUGUACAUCGAAAUGUUUUAAUUCUCACAGUAUUUCAUUCAGAGUUUCUGUUUAUUAAAACAAACAAAAAAAAACCAAAGAGUUUUUUUAUAGAAUUACAAGUUAAAAAAAAAAAAAAAAAAGCACAAAGACGAUGGCACCAUUUUUUGAUGUAUAUCAGCAGAUAUGUUGGAUAUAGGAAAUCCCAUAUCGGUCUAUCCUCAGCUUCUAAACCUUUUUCCUUUCAUUUGUGUUGAGUUUCACCUUUUUCAUGGUUGUUUAAAUGAAGGAUGGGGGGGGGGUUUCUCCUUACUUUUUCUUUUUUAUUAUUAUUCUCAAGUGUUUUGACUCUGGAGUUUUUUUGUGUGGCCAUUGAAGGGUUCACGCUGACAUCCUCAUUAAGUCUGAAUGUGUUUUUCUUUUUUUUUUUUUGAAAGAAAGAGAGAGAGAGCGCUGACUCGAGUUUUAAAAGCUGCUCUUUAUGGCCGGAUCAGCUUGUUGAAGUGUGACAAAGAGUGACUGUGAAUUCCUGACUUUUUUUUUUUUUACUUUUUUUUUUUUUAUUGUUUCUUGGCUCUCUUCGGCCAGGAACUAGACUGGCUAAGCAGCAGCACUUUAGAGUGUUACCAUCCAGUUCAGACCAAUUUAAGGUAAUUUCAACUCACCAGUCAAGGAGCCAAGCAUUGAAAAAAGAAAGAAAGGGAAUAAGAGUGACAAUGAAAGGGUUUGUUAAAUAAAAAAAAAAACAGCUACUACACUAUGAAGGAAAAGGUACACUAUGACUAAAUACAACCAUUUCUUAACCUCAGCACCUCCUGUCAGGUUAGCUGAAAUACGACUUUUAAUUUCGCCAUGUUCCCCAAUCACUGGGGCUAAAAAAGUCAAUUGUUUGCACAGAUUAAUGGCAGGUAAUUUUCCAGGCGCCCGCUUUCGCCUUCUUCUUCUUUUUUUUUUUUUUUUACCCAGAGUGCCUUGUUCUAGUCGUAUUUAAUGUACAAAAAAGAGGAGGAAGGGGUGUU